CGUUCUCACGGGGCUCAGUCCCCGCCCGGACGCAGAAAGCCUGGGCCAAGGCCGGAAGCGCGCACCGCCCGAGCCGCAGCGUGUCAGUGGGAGCGAGCGCGCGCAGCCGCCGACGACGGCGCGAACAUGGCGGCCUUCUCGGAGAUGGGUGUUAUGCCUGAGAUCGCACAAGCUGUGGAGGAGAUGGACUGGCUGCUUCCAACUGAUAUCCAGGCUGAAUCCAUCCCGUUAAUCCUAGGGGGAGGUGAUGUGCUUAUGGCUGCAGAAACAGGAAGUGGAAAAACUGGUGCUUUCAGUAUCCCAGUUAUCCAGAUAGUUUAUGAAACUUUGAAAGACCAACAAGAAGGCAAAAAAGGAAAAACAACAAUUAAAACCGGUGCUUCGGUGCUCAACAAAUGGCAAAUGAACCCAUAUGAUAGAGGAUCUGCUUUUGCAAUCGGAUCUGAUGGCCUUUGUUGUCAAAGCAGAGAAGUAAAGGAAUGGCACGGGUGUAGAGCUACUAAAGGAUUGAUGAAAGGGAAACACUACUAUGAAGUGUCCUGUCAUGACCAAGGCUUGUGCAGAGUUGGAUGGUCUACCAUGCAGGCCUCUUUAGACCUGGGUACGGACAAGUUUGGAUUUGGCUUUGGUGGGACAGGAAAGAAAUCCCAUAAUAAACAGUUUGAUAAUUAUGGAGAGGAGUUCACUAUGCAUGAUACCAUUGGAUGUUACCUAGAUAUCGAUAAAGGGCAGGUCAAGUUCUCCAAAAAUGGAAAAGAUCUUGGUCUGGCAUUCGAAGUACCACCUCAUAUGAAAAACCAAGCACUCUUCCCUGCCUGUGUUUUGAAGAAUGCUGAACUAAAAUUUAAUUUCGGUGAAGAAGAGUUUAAGUAUCCACCAAAAGAUGGUUUCGUUGCUCUUUGCAAGGCACCAGAUGGUUACACUGUAAAAUCCCAGCACACAGGUAACGCACAGGUGGCGCAGACAAAGUUUCUCCCGAAUGCUCCCAAAGCUCUCAUUGUUGAACCCUCCCGGGAGCUGGCUGAACAAACUUUGAAUAAUGUCAAACAGUUUAAGAAAUACAUAGAUAAUCCUAAAUUAAGGGAGCUGCUGAUAAUUGGAGGUGUUGCGGCACGAGAUCAACUCUCUGUUUUGGAAAAUGGCGUGGAUAUCGUUGUAGGAACUCCAGGAAGAUUAGACGAUUUGGUGUCAACUGGAAAGCUGAACUUGUCUCAAGUUAGAUUCCUGGUCCUGGAUGAAGCGGAUGGGCUUCUUUCUCAAGGCUAUUCUGAUUUCAUAAACAGGAUGCACAGUCAGAUUCCUCAGAUCACCUCCGAUGGGAAAAGGCUUCAGGUAAUUGUUUGCUCUGCCACGCUGCAUUCCUUUGAUGUCAAGAAGCUGUCUGAGAAGAUCAUGCAUUUCCCCACCUGGGUUGAUUUGAAAGGAGAAGACUCUGUUCCAGAUACUGUGCACCAUGUUGUUGUCCCAGUGAAUCCCAAGACGGACAGACUCUGGGAAAGGCUCGGCAAAAACCACAUCAGGACUGAUGAUGUUCAUGCAAAAGAUAACACAAGACCUGGUGCUAACAGUCCAGAGAUGUGGUCUGAAGCCAUUAAAAUCCUGAAAGGGGAGUAUGCCGUCCGGGCCAUCAAGGAGCACAAGAUGGAUCAAGCCAUUGUCUUCUGUAGAACCAAAAUCGACUGUGACAACUUGGAACAGUAUUUCAUGCAGCAAGGAGGAGGACCUGAUAAAAAAGGACAUCAGUUUUCCUGUGUUUGUCUUCAUGGUGACAGAAAGCCUCAUGAGAGAAAGCAAAACUUGGAAAGAUUUAAGAAAGGAGAUGUAAGAUUCUUAAUUUGCACAGAUGUAGCUGCGAGAGGAAUUGAUAUCCACGGUGUACCUUAUGUUAUAAAUGUCACCCUGCCUGAUGAGAAGCAAAACUAUGUCCACCGCAUUGGCAGAGUAGGGAGAGCUGAAAGGAUGGGUCUGGCCAUUUCCCUGGUGGCAACGGAAAAGGAAAAGGUUUGGUACCAUGUGUGUAGCAACCGUGGAAAAGGAUGUUAUAACACAAGACUCAAGGAGGAUGGGGGCUGCACCAUAUGGUACAAUGAGAUGCAGUUGCUGUCUGAGAUAGAAGAACACCUGAAUUGCACCAUCUCUCAGGUAGAGCCAGAUAUAAAAGUACCAGUGGAUGAAUUUGAUGGGAAAGUUACCUAUGGCCAAAAAAGAGCUGCUGGUGGUGGAAGCUAUCAAGGCCACGUGGACAUUCUGGCACCUACUGUUCAAGAGUUGGCUGCCCUUGAAAAGGAGGCACAGACAUCGUUCCUGCAUCUUGGCUACCUUCCUAACCAGCUGUUCCGAACCUUCUGAUUUUCACAUAUGCAGGAUAAGACUGGAGUGAUGAAAGGCUGUAGUCUUAAACUCUAAAACACUUGCACUGCUUCCAAGCAGCAGUAUUUUUAGUAACUUAAGCUGUUAAUGCUAACUCCUGCAUGUCAAGAAACAUUAGUUUUAGGAAUUCUUCAUAAAAUAACAACCUAAUGAAAAUAAAUUUGGUGACUGUA